AUGGAUUCUCUUCUCUCCAUGCUCUUUUUCCUUUUAACUUUCUUCUCCUUCAACCCUUUUUCCUCCUUUGCUUCACAACCUUCUUACAAAGACCAUUGUGCUUCUAUCAUCCCAGAGUCAACUCCCAAAGAACUCACCCUCUUCAACUCUUUUCCUCUUGGUUAUCAUCACAAAGGUUACUUCACAGGAGGUCAUAGGAUCAUUGAUGUUGGAACUUCCUUGAACCAACACUCCUUUUACCUCCAAACAAGGUACACGCAGGCAACUCAGGUUUCUGACUUGUUCAAAAUUGAAGGCACUCUAUCAUUUACAAGCACCACCAACAGAUUUUACCACCAUGUGGGGAACUUCACCUAUGGUGACAGUUCUUAUAACCGUAGACGCCACUUAACCUUCAAGCUUGAUGGGUUCUGGUCUGAGUCUUCAGGGAAGGUUUGCAUGGUUGGUAAAGGCAGUGGUUAUUCCAAAACAGGUGACUCUCUUAAUCUGGAUGUUGUCUUUAAGCUUAACAAUGUCUUCAAUGUAAGUAAUAUUAGUAGCUUGAUUAGUGGAACCUUGGAGAGCUUGAGUUCUGAAAAGGAUGGGAAUUACUUUGAACCCAUUUCUGUGUUGAUGUUUCCAAAAGCAAAUUACACUUAUACCUUGGAUUCCAUUGCUGAAAAUGAGUUCUCUUCUGGGGUUGAUGCUGAAGGGGGUUUACCUUUAGAUUUCAAUUCUUUAAGUUUUUGCAAAUAUCCCCUUUCUAUGGGGAUUAGAAGACUCCAGUUAGAGUACUCUCAUGAGUGCAAUUCUUCUAAGAAUUGCACACCUAUUAGUGGGAGCUCUGAUCAACUGCCAUCUCUAGUGUCUUUGAAAGGCAUCGAAUGUUCUCAUACUAAGAAGCAUAGGUUGCGGGUUCUGAUGAGAUUUUCAAAUACUAGUUACUCUGAGAUGAACCAAGGUUUCAAUCCUAAAACCAUGUUAAUAGGGGAAGGGUGGUGGGAUGAGAAGAAGAAUAGAUUUUGUGUAGUUGCUUGCCAUAUCAUGGGUAUGGCAUCAUCCUUGGCUGGCACUCAAGUGGGUGAAUGCUCAGUGAGAUUAAGAUUGAGAUUCCCCUCAAUUUGGUCAAUCAAAGACACUAGUAAGAUAGAGGGACAAAUUUGGAGCAACAAGACCACGAAUGAUACAGGGUACUUCAAGAUGAUCACGUUUAGAAACGAUGAGGAUCACGGGGUGGGAAUUCAAGGCUUAAAGUAUGAGUAUAGCCAGCUAGAAAGAGUUAAGAAAUCAUGUGCAACACACAAGCCUGUCAAGAACCAGAAGAGAAGAUAUCCAGAUGCUUAUUCUAAUAACAUGAGGUUUGAUAUGGUAGUUUCAGAGUUGAACAACAAGAGACCAGCAUUCGGUUAUUCAGAUCCCUUAUCUGUUGGUGAUCAAGUCUAUGAAUCAGGCCUGCGUGCAGAAAAUACUAUUCUAGUCCACAACAAUAAUGAUAGCUUGUUUAACAUUAGCUACAAGAUUACCGUACUCUUGAAUUCAACUAUAGGUGACAGGCAGCAUUCACUGUUUAAUCUGUCUUAUGAGAGAGUGAAGAUUUCUGCUGAAGGAAUUUAUGAUGCUGGAACAGGAACCUUGUGUAUGGUUGGUUGCCGUGAUCUUUCCUCAAACACAGGGACACCAAUAGCUCAUUCUGUGGACUGUGAGAUUAUAGUGAAGUUUCAGUUCCCAUCAUUAGACAAUGCAAGCAUAAUUGAGGGAAGUAUUGAAAGCACACGCAAAAUAUCAGAUCCACUUUACUUCAAACGUUUAGAUCUAUCUUCAACUGCAUUUUACACAGAAGUAGAAGCAAAAACUGUUUGGAGAAUGGAUAUGGAAGUCAUCAUGGUUCUUAUAUCUAACACUCUAGCAUGUGCUUUUGUGGGAUUGCAACUCUACCAUGUGAAGAGACAUCCUAAUGUGCUCCCCUUCAUCUCACUUACUAUGAUGUCAAUUCUUACAGUGGGUUUCAUGAUACCCCUUGUUCUGAACUUUGAAGCUCUUCUCACUCAAAAUCCCAACAACAAAAACUUUGUAUUUGGAAAUGUGGGAUGGCUUGAAGUUAAUGAAAUAAGUGUGAGGCUUAUCACCAUGGUAGCUUUCUUGUUGCAAUUCCGUCUCCUGCAACUAACUUGGUCAUCAAGAAAGACUGAUGAAAGCAAAAAAGGCCUCUGGGUUGCUGAGAGGAAGGUUGUCUAUGUGACUUUAUCCUUGUAUGCAGCUGGGUUAUUGAUUGCAUUGCUCUUGAAGAAGGAUGGAAAUAAGGAUCCUACGAUUAGCUCAGUGUACCAGCAGCAUCAUUCAUCUUGGGAGAACUUCAAAUCUUAUGGUGGUUUGGUAUUGGACGGCUUUCUCUUGCCACAAAUCAUGCUAAACCUGUUUUCAAAUAUGAAGGAGAAUGUUCUUUCUUGUUCAUUUUACUUUGGAACUACUUUUGUGAGACUGUUGCCACAUGCCUAUGAUCUUUACCGGACUCAUAAUUAUGCUUUCCUAGAUAAUGGCGAUGGCUCAUACUUUUAUGCUGAUCCAAGUGCAGAUUUUUACUCCACUGCUUGGGAUAUUGUCAUUCCUUUGGGAGGUAUCUUAUUUGCUAUCAUUAUCUACUUGCAGCAACGUUUUGGUGCUGAUUUUAUUCUGCCUCAUAGGUUGAAAGGGUCAAAGGUAUAUCAAAAGGUGCCUGUGGUGACUGAAUCAGAAGCAGAAGUAGAGGCAACCAACAUGUAA